GAGCUGACCGAUGAAACGUAAUUAACUGCGCCAGAAUAAUCGACUUUGAGUGGAACAAAACUACUGUAACCGAAAUGAUGGCGGUUCACACAAGGAACGAAGACGAAUGACAAGAACUUCUCGUCGUUUCCAAGUGGCUGAACUGGUUGCGACUCUUGCUGGUCGGUCAGCCUUCAUCCUGUCUGCUCGCAGUUAAUCCCCUGGUUUUGCAGGAUGUCUAUGAGAACCCUCCCUCUGGUUUUUGUUAAUCUCGGUGGAGAGAUGCUUUACAUACUGGAUCAACGACUUCGAGCACACAAUACAUCUGAGGACAACUCAGAGAAAGCUGUGUGGUCAGAAGAUGACAGAAAAAGAGUCAUGAAUGACAUCAUUCGGACCAUGUUUAGUAGAGACUUUAUGGAAGAAUUACUGAAGCCCCAACAGUUGUACUCUCAUAAGACACUCAAAACAGUGCUAACCCGGUUAGCACAUGCCUCAAUCAUGAGGCUUAACCCAGCCAGCAUGGACAGGCUCUAUGAACUGAUGAUAAUGGCUUUCAAAUAUCAGCUCUUUCUUUGUCCGCGCCCCAGAGACUUGCUGCUUAUUACAUACAACCACAUUGAUACCAUCAGGGAGUUCAUAAAAGACACUCCCACAGCUUUGAACCAGGUGGAUGAGACACACAGGAAGGUCAUUGAGGUAUACACACCUUUGUCUGAAGCUGAAUUCCAACUUAUCAGACAAACAUUGCUCAUAUUUUUUCAAGACAUGCAUAUCCGCGUGUCCAUUUUCCUCAAGGAUAAAGUCCAGAAUCCCAAUGGACGGUUUGCUUUGUCAACUUUGGGUUCAGUGCCCCAUGGGAUCGAUGUUCCAGGGCUAACUCGGAUGUUUGAUAACCAACGGAGGGAAGUGAAGCGAUGCACAUUCCCCACAGGAGGCAGUUACUCAAGCCCCAUCAGGGAGGGCUCUUUUGAACUGCAUGGAGACCGAGUCAUUACACUGGGCACUAACAUGUACAAUGUUACUCAUCCACAAGAGACACAUACACCAAAGACUCCCUCCAUCAAGACAGACGACACUCCCAACCUCCUGGCCAAAGAGGAGCUGAAUCUGCUGGCACGAUUGAUGGGUGGAGUGGAAAUUCAGGGCAUGCCAUGUGUUGAAACGGGCUUUCGAAUCAACCUGUUGCCUACAGACACAGAGGAGGAGGAGGCGGGAGCAGCAGGCGGACAUGUAGAGUCCCUUUUUGGAGUGAUAAAUAUUCAAGCAAAGCAGGAUGUGCAGGCCACCAAUGAGCUGGCUCGUAUUGCAGGAGAGUUUGCAGACAAAGGAGAAAAGCAAGGAGAACCCAGCAGCAUCAGCAAAGGAGAUGACCUGUUGGCCAUGAUGGAUGAACUCUGACUCUGUUUAUCUGGCUCGGUUUUUCAGUUUGAUCUGUCAGAAUCAUUUAAACUUCUGAAAUCUGAAUUUUCUGUGAUAAUGUCAGAUAUGUAACCACUUACUCAUUAGUCACCUGCCAAUGUAAACUUAUUGUGUGGCUAAUGUGGCUGAUGCUAAUAUCUCAGGUAAAAUGGCAAAAUGUAUCACUGUGAACUCAUUUCUGUUCAAUCUGUCAUAUGCAGUUGUUAAUAAAUCAUUUAGAUAAGACAUGGGGAACAAACAGAAGUGAAAAGGAAUACUAAUGUCAAAUAUAAACUGUGUACACUACGUUAUUAAAAAGUUACUUUA